CUUCACCUGCACUCACGCCAGGAACAAGCUGCCUUUCUUGUCAGGGGAAACCCCCCCCCCCCUCCCUAGGAUAUCAUAAUAUAAUGUUAUCUUUGUGUCGACCGCCAAUGCAUCAACUCAAUCGUCUCCCUUUGGCCCUCCGUACGGCAGAUGUUCCUUUACAUGCGUAUCUGCUUCGUAGAUGGCUCACUAAAUACUGGGGCAAUAACCUCGUCUAGAUGAGGCCUGGUUGAGUUACUGAUUGACCCGUUGCCCUCGUCUCUUUUGCAGGCGAUCAGAGUUUGGCGUGUUAACAGAUGCAUAUCCCAGAACUGGUUUGAGCCCCAUUAUUAACCGGUCUAUCGGGAAGUUGAGUCGCGGCAGUCGUUCCUCAUUUGUGAUUUCGCAGUAAUGUGGCGAGAGUUUCAGAACGUUGACUCAGCCCUUGUGUUGCUCUGCCGCUUUGCUUCCCAGGUGUGCGUGUGUGGGAGAAGGAAGAACUUCGGUUAUAAAUGACUCAUUAAACCUCGAGAAGCCGAGAGGGAACAGCGAGGAAGCCAGAAUCUGAAAAUGGGGUCCGACUUCAACCAGAAGGAUAAAGGCUUUAUGAUUGCUGAUCCCAGACCAGCAGGCUACUACGUCCAGGCCGCACAGAACAGGACUGUGAAAGAUCUGCUCACCAUGAGACGGAGGUGGAACUGCUCACUGGACGACACGAAUUCGCCGCAUGCAUUUAAAUAUGCGAAAUGCGAGAAUCCUGCCCUGCUGGGCCGCCCUGCACCGGCGAACUCCCACUUCACCAAUCACCUGUUCGCCCCCGGCCCCGAGAGCGCUGCGCAUCAGCAUCCGGCGCCGUGCGCGCAGGCGGCCCCGGAGUUCACUCUGUUCGACUGGCAAAUCCAGCGGGAGAUGCAGAGGGUCGGAGGGGUUUCCCCCGAGCUGCUCGCCAUGCAGGACGCCGACAAAGACACGUUUCUCCACAUCGCCGUGGCCCAAGGUCAGCGGGCCCUGGCUUACGCGCUGGCAACGCAGAUGGCUCGAUGUGGCUCUCUGGACAUAAAGGAACACAACGGACAGACUGCUCUGCAGAUCGCAGCCGCCACCGACCAGCACCUGAUAGUCCGCGACCUGCUGACACACGGGGCCAAGGUCAACACGCGGGACUUCUGGGGACGCUCUCCUUUGCACCUGUGUGCCGAGAAAGGACACUUUCUCAGCCUUCAGAGCAUCAGGAGGACGCUGGCGGGGAGGGGGGAGCCCGUUGACGUCGAGAUGUUCAACUACGAUGGUCUGACCCCCCUGCACACGGCGCUGUUGUCUCACAACGCCGUCGUCAAAGAGCUGCGGACCCCGGCGAGCCUCUGCUCGCACAGGGCCGAGGAGCUGCUGCAGAGGAAGCAGAGGUCUUUGGAGUGCAUCCGGACUCUGCUGCUCAUGGGCGCUUCCUGUGGCACCAAGGACCUGAAGAGCGGACGGACGUGUCUCCACAUGGCCUCUGAGGAGGCCAACGUCGAGCUGCUGAAGGUCCUCCUCGCGCAGCCGUCCUCGCCGUCGCUCGUCAGCUCCCAGACCUUCAGUGGAAACACGGCGCUGCACGUCGUCUGCUCUUUGCAAAACCACGGCGCCCAAGCGGAGGCAGCCAAGCUGCUGGUGAGGAGCGGCGCCGACCCCGGGGCCCGGAACAUCGAGAACGAAGUGCCGUCUCAGCUAGUGCCACGAGGACCCGGUGGUGAAAAGGUGCGGAAGAUCCUGAAAGGAAAAUAUUUAAACAUUUAAAAAGCAGCUCAAAAACACUGUCAGUCAGACGGUCCAAUCUAUCCUAUUAUUUGCCCACACAAGGCAGAUGCUGGUUGUUUCUGUGAAACAUGUCAUUGUUCAUUACUAUGUAAUGUCCAAAGAAAAAUGGAAUUCUUUUUUUAACCCACUUUUGUGUAAUAGGAAUCAAGCUGUUAUGUUUAAGAUUGAAUUACAUGUAUUAAUGCUGUCACGCUCUUUCAUAUUUAUGCCGGAUUAAAUCGUGGGUUUUCUUUUUUUCUUUCUUUUUUUGAUUUUGAUUAAGUUGUUUGAAGAGGUUUAACCAUGUUUCAUUUCUGCAUAUAUUGGUUUAUUCUUUCAUCUUGAUCUGAAAACGUUCAUUGUACAUGUAGUUUAAAAUAUUGGAGGUAAUUAUUUUGUGUUUAUUUUCUUGUUUAGAAUAAGUUCAUGGAUUUUCCUUACGGUUUGAUAUUGUAUUUAAUGUAACUGUACUACAUUUUAUAGUUAAUAGUAGAUUGUUCUAUAUUACAUCAGAAAAUAGUUUAAACAUAUUUUGAUAUUCAGUAAUACUGUAACUGUUAAUUUUGAAUUGUUUAGUUGAAGGUUAUGGAAAUCUUUUGAUGGGGCAUAUUGAGUAAAAAUUAUGCAGAAAAAAAAUACAUUUUACAGAGAAUAUAUUUUGGUCUUUAACUUAAAGGGAGAUCUUACAUUUAUUUUAUUUCCACUUAAACAAGAUAAUCUAAAUGACAGAGUAUUAAAGAUGUUUCUUGUCUGUUGAGGUUGAUUUCAAUGAAUGAUUCAGUUUUGUUUUCAUCACUGUUCCUGCGUCGCUUACCGUCUCAAUGGGAUAUUUAAAGGAGAUCAUAUAGAUUUUGGAGAUGUUGUGAUAGAUAUCCAACAAGCUGAGUUAUAAGAUGAAUGUUUUUUUGAGUUUGGGUUCCCUUUAAAUGUAAUGUGUCCAUCAAUAUCUUCUUUGUGCAAAGUGAAAAUAAAGCAACAGUAUAUUUAGAUUUAAUUUAAGUUAAUACUG